AUGGCUUCUCACGUUGUGGUGAUCGACUCGACGGCUCGAAGGACGACAAUAAAGACAACCCCCGGCAAGAACCUCAGUGAGAUUCUGGAAGAGGCUUGCGCAAAGCUGGGAGUCAACGCUACUCAAUAUGGACUGAAACACAACAACAAACCUGUCGACCUCUCUAGGACGAUUCGCCUCUCUGGCCUGUCAUCAGGCGCAAAACUAGAACUGGUCCAACUCUCCAAAUCCGCCGGCGUCGUCUCGAUAGCCCUCCAGCUACCAGAAUCUGAAGCAAGAGGUGUCCCCAACGCUAGACUCACAGACAAGUUUCCCAGUUCGAGUACAUUAUGGCUGGUGCUCAGGAAAUUCGAAGCCGGCGUCGCGGGUGGAGGUGCUACUCAGAAUUUCACUGCCCGAGGAGUACCGUCUGUGAGCCAGGGCGAUUCCGGUGCGGGCAGGCUGUAUUAUGAACAGCCGGUGAUACAGGUUAUGAACAGAGAGUUAGCGUCGUUUACAGAUUUGCAAAAGUCUCUGGCACAACUGGGUCUCAACAGUGGUACAGCUCUGUUGAGGUUGAGUUUCCGGCCGACUGAAACUCCUCUCGAAGAGGCCAUGGCUCAGAUACAAAGUUAUUUUGACUCGGUCGAGGGACCAGCUGCUCAACCGCCCCGCCAACAAGAGACUUCAUCCUCGAAAGAGCCACUGGCUGCAUCAGCUGAGACACAGCCAGAAUGGAAAGAAGAGAGGCUUUCACAGCCUCCUCCUCAGCCUCAAGAAGAAACACUCACAUCAUCACCCUCUCAACCGGCAACCGCAACUGCAUCAACGAGUCGUCCGGUCUCUGUAUUCCGUCCUCCGAGCUCAUCCACUCCGUCCGCCGCGCUCAUAUCUCACAACGAAGCAGACUAUACACCCACAGUCGAGCACGCUCAAGUUCACCAAAAAUUGUUACAGCAGAAUUCAAGAAACGUCCGAUUACCGACAGAGGCCGAGCUUGCGGCUCAAGCCGAAGAAGAAGCGGCCAAAUGGGCGGCCGUAAAGGAAGUUGAGAUCAAGAUUCGAUUUCCCGACCAGAGUGCGGUCAGCGCCAGGUUCGAACCCGCCGAUACCGCAGCAGACCUGUACAACUUUGUGCGAGAGUGUCUAGAAGAAAAAUACCGAUCAGAGGCUUUCAUGCUUCGAAAUCCCGGUAUCAGAGGGAAAAAUGAACCUAUUCCGGAUGACACUGGGAAGAAAUUAAUCAAAGACCUUCAGCUUAAAGGGCGCGUCCUAGUCACAUUUCAAUGGGAUGAUCACACAGCUAGCAUUCAAGCGAGAAGUGUAAAGUCUGUUCUGAAGGUAGAGCUGAGGGAGCAGGCUCAAGAAGUGAAGGUGCAGGAUCUCCCGACUAUAGAUGUCGAGGGUGGUGAGGAGCCGGGCAUCAGAGUCAACGUGGGAGCGAAGGAAACAAGUGAAGGGGCUGGAGAGGGUAAAAAGAAGCUGCCGAAGUGGUUGAAGGGCUUGAGCAAGAAAUAG